AUGCAUUUGGGUGUCGCAUUAGAAAUAAUAAAAUCUCAUGACGAAUUUGGAAAGCUAGUUAUUUAUCGUACUGUGAGUAAUUUUAACAAAAUUACGUUAUCAAGUGCCGACAUAAAAAACCCGCCAUGCUUUUUCUGUAUUUACCUGUAAAAAUGGCGGGUUGUUUAUGUCGGCAUCUAAUAAUGUACUUUGACUUUACAAAUUUACUUUUUAAAUGACAUUUAUACUGUUUUAAUGUUUUUUUCAGUUUUUUGCUUAUUUUCUGAAUAGUUUGCCAUUGUUGCUACACUUUAAAUUUUUGUGGUAUACUCGCGAGUUUUACGAUCUUUACGAAGCCGAUUCGGUUGACGAAAGAAGUGAUGAUGAAGAUAACGAACUACACAUCUAUGACGAAGAUUAUGCCAUCUAUAACGGCGAAGAUUAUGAGGCUGCCUACAAUACGCUACAAAAUCAAGAAAGUCAACUAGAGUACAAUGACACCGAAGCCUAUUAUGCUGUUGUAUACGAACAUAACGAAUCGGCCGAAAGUGAUGAUGAUGACGAUUAUUCGAUGUUGACGGAAGACUUCAGAGUGCUACUGGAAAGGUUAGAAGAAGUUACACACCACCAAAUUCGUGGUAAAUUAACCGAAAAAGAUUUUGACAGAAAAAUCUUUGAACUUUUUUUUUUUUUUUAUUUAUAGAUACGGCUUUUAACAUUUGUGUACCACUCAUUGUAAGCAAAGAAAGAUUUAAUAAAUGAUAUUUCAAGAUAAAAAAAUAAACAUAAAAAGUUACAUUCAUUAUCAAUAAAAAAACCAAAUUUUUUAACAAAACUCUUUUAAACCAAUAUAAAACAACUUUUCCUACCCCCAACCCUAAAAAUAGUACAAAAAGUACCAUAAAAUGCCAAAAAUGCGUACGCCACUUGAGAUUCCAAGGACGUCUCCGAUCCAAGUACUAAUCAAGCGCACCGUUGCUUAACUUGCCAGAUCGGACGGGAUGGCGUGCGUUCAACGGGCUAUGGGCGUACACAACUCUCUCUCUUUCCUUUUCAAACCCUUUCCUUUUGGGGCUGAUUAGUGGGUCGAAGGGGGUAAAAUUGGGUUGAAAAGGGUGUUUUUGGUGAUAAAAUGUAAAGAAAAAUAAAAUUUUUGCAAAUUUUUAACUUUUCAAAUCAAUUUAUUAUUUUUUUAGAUAAGAGUUUGUUUUGUCCUCCCCCAGACUGA